GUGUGUUUCACUGUGAACUAUCAGCUAUGGCCAUUUUAGGACACACACUACUAGCACUUUCACUGGUAGCACUGGUCCUAUGCUACCCUAACCCACCGACAUGCUACACUAAGGUGUUGAGUAUGGCUCGAGACCUCACCCAUCAGGCAGCGAUGAUCAAGAUGGAACCUGAAACUAGGCGUUGCAUGGCACACAUCCCACAUCUCUACCUAGAUGUGCAUAACGCUUGCAUCAUGCCGAAGAUGAGGCAGUAUGUCUUUCUGGUGGACGGCUUGCGUGAACUGCGCUGUGCUUACACCAGGAAAGUGCGGGUGGUGGGUCUCGAGGUCAGGCAACUGCACAUGAUCAUGUCCCAGAGGUGUCACGGGGAGCUGGUGUUCACCACUGAUGACUGUGCAGCCUUGGACCGCCCGCCGAUGAGCUGGAGCCGGAAAUGACAAUGCCACUGUUUGAUGGGAGAGAGAGGGAGAGAGGGAGAGAGAGAGAGACAGAGAGAGAGAGAGAGAGAUAGAGAGGGAGAGAGAGAGAGAGAGGA